AUGCUUGUAGAUAAUUCGGGGUUGUUUUUCAAUUUGUGGCAAUGGGUUGCCAGAGGUAUGUCGUCGCCCCUGGUCGAGAUGAGUUUGUUUGGAGGCCCUAAAUUAUUUGGUUUUUCACAACCAACAACUACUAGUGGUGCUGCUCCAACCCUUUCUUUCAACUUGCAGACACCAUCUACUACAACUACGACACCCUUUGGAGGCUUUGGUUUUGGAUCUGCAGCUACAACUCAGAGCACAGGUUUCUUUCAAGCACCGGCGGUAAAAACAACAAAUACGGCCUUCACUGGAUUUGGGCAAAAUCCAACUUCCUUCCAAGGCUUUAACACAAAUGCUUCGAAGGCAACUACUGGGUUAUUCGGUUCCACGUUUCCAACUCCUGCUACUACCCAGCAGGGUUUAAGUUUAUUUGGUUCACAGUUGGGUCAGCAGACAACUCAGAGUACUGGUUUCAGUUUUACCCAGCCAGCUCAAAGUCUCUUUAACAUCCCUAAAACGCAAAGUUUUGGCUUCGGUCAAAAUCUUCCUACAACUCAACAACAACAACAACAACUACAACAGCAACAGCAACAGCAACAAGUAGCGCAGCAAAAUACAGUCGAUGCCUUCUUUGCUUCUUUAUCCCAACCAAUGCUAUUUGGCGAUGAACGUGAUUCGAUUAUUGCACGGUGGAAUCAACUACAAGCAAUGUGGGGUACAGGUAUUGGCUACAGUGCAAUGGGUAUAGUAAACUAUACACCGGAGAAUACAUUCGCUCGUCUUAAAUCGAUUGGAUACAAUGUCUUACCUACGAGUACGGACGCAGAUGGGCUUGUUUGUCUAUUCAUCGCUCGUCCAUUUUCUGAGGUUUCAGGUCAACGUCAGGCUGUGCAGGAUAUUUUGUACAGACUGUUAGGCGGUCGUCCUAAUUUACAACUUGUAGUCGAAGAGAUACGCCCCUGUGCUGAAACUGAGGGUAGCACUGAAGUAAUAUUAAAGGUCAUAGAACGUCUGGCUACAGGUCCAACGACAAAUAUAUCCGCCAGCGAACUUGUAAAAUAUUUGUCAAGUCCAUCGAUUGCACCACAAAUUCAGUCACAUUUAUGUGUAAACCGUCUAAUUCCAGAAAUAUCUCCUUCUGCAGCACAGAUAAUUGCUUAUAAUGAGAAUCCGCCUGCUGGGUUUGACAGACUUAUAUGGCAGCAGGCUUGUCUGGACAAUCCUCAUCCAGAUCGUAUGAUUCCUGUCCCGUUUAUUGGUUUUUCUGAUUUAAAAAGACGUAAGUGUGAUCAACUUGCUUACGGCGAACAACAGAACAGUAUGAUCAAGCAUAUCACUGAAUUGGUAUCUAAAUUGCGUACUGGUCAGUUGGGUAUGUCACAAAGGCUUAUUCAAUUGAAACGUAAACAAAUCGAGCUAAGCCAUAGGGUUCUGAAAGUUUUAAAGCAUCAAGAGGUGCAUAGACGAUGUGGAUUCACUGUAAGCGCAGACGAAGAAGGAAUGCGAUGUGAACUUGAAAGAAUUUGGUCCGAACUUACUGCUCCACGAGGUUUACGUAUCAGAUUUCAAGAAGCGUUAACUACACUUCGUAGUUCAUCUGAUUUUAACAAGCGAGAAAAAGAAAACAUUGGUUCAGUCUUUAAGAGUGUUCAUUCAUUAGAGUCAGGAGAUGGAUAUUCAUCAUGGAGCUUAGAUUCUGAUUCUAUAAGUGAACUAAAAGAAUAUUUAACUCAACGUCAUAAUGGUAUUCGAGAGAUGCAACGACUUAUCACGGAAAUGACAAGCAGUUUAAAAGUUAUGGAAGACAAUCCGAUUCCGAAUGUCCCACUUGUACAUAAAACAUCAUUUGUAAACUCUCCAAUUGGCGUACUCAAUUCCCGUGUUCAUUAGCUCUGUGCUGUACACUGUAGUGUGUGUGUGCUUCAAGUAUUUGAAAUCGUGUACAUGUAAUGACGAUGAAGAAAUGUUGACUUCCCCACUGUAUAAAUCACUGGUGAUACUCCUGUGUUUGUCAUAGAGUUCCUGCUGGUUGACCUGUCUUUAUACAUUUUUACUUAUUCUCUAUGCACAAACCUAUUUUCGUCUUUAAAGUGUUUGAAUUAAUACGUAUCUAAUGCUUUUA